GCUGGAUAAUAAUUGCACCACGCCCAAUGAAUGUAUUUUAUCUUGUUAAAAGUAUCUGGUUAGAGCCUGGGUUUCAACCGAGAUAAAAAUGUGAAUGCACGCUCUACCAAACAAACAUAUAUCCGCAAAGAAUGUUUGCAUCAGCCGAAGACAUCUCGGUAUACGAGAUAUGUAAAUCAUGGGGCAGUAGCCGAAUUGCACACAAACGCUGUAGAUCCGAAAUAGAUGUUUACAUCCUGUAAGUCAAUAGACAGCAGCUUAGAAAAACACCGUUAAUAUCCCCCUCUAAAUCCGAGCGUACUCGUAACUGUAGCAAUUCCAGUACAGCGUGCGGUUUGUGUAUGUUAGUCUAGUCCGCACUGCGUUGCGUUCUGACCCGGCGUGUUUUGGGACCCAGCAGAAUCUGUGUUUCUCCAUGCUCGGGGCAGCAGGAUUGAAUGGAGAGAGCAGUUGGCAGAUGAAAAUAGGACGUGUCAAAUCCGGCGGGCCGGCAGCAAAAUCAUCUUUUUUAUCCCCAUCUGGAUAGUCUCUGAACACUAGAGGAAAGGCUGAAUCUCAAGGAUUACACUUGCCAGCAAGCUGCAAGCUGCCACUGUAGAACAGACCCCCGAAGCUGGGCAUUUUAUAAAUGCAUUCAAUUUUCCUACUAAAUUAUUGAGUGCGGCUAAUAAACAUGCACUACUGCCAUCGAGGAUUUGUAUUUCCUUAACAGUUCAUUUGGAACAAGGAGUAGAAUGAAACAUUGAAGCUGCUGGUUAUCUGAAAUGUUGCAUACAAAAUAUCUUUGUCGAAUUGAGGUUUGGAUACUGAUUUGAGGUCCCAGUCGUCAAGGACUGGAGAAAAUAAUGAGGACUCGAAGGCCAGAAUUCAGCUGUAAUUGUAGCAGCAGGAUCUAUUUUUAAAUGUUUUAAAGGAAUAAUUCAUCAGACUGUAGCAGCCCAGAGGAGGAAUCCGGUUGCACAGAAUCAAACAGUGUUUGCCUGCACAUAUGCCGUUGGGUUACAUGUUAUUCCAAGUUGAACUAGCUCUUCUUAUUGAAACCAUACAGGGAUCUCUCUGUACAGAGCCUUGAAGAACUUCCAGAAUAGACCGAAAUAAACGAAAGAAUCUCACGGGACUUUCUAGUGCUCUAUUAUAUCGUAAUACGAAGAGGAAGCUGCACACUGUUGCGCAUAUAUGAUUCAACAUACAGUACCUUUCUAGACUUUUAAAAAUAUAUAUUUUCAACAUUUAAAUCGCCCAAAUCUUUCUGAAGACAAUUCUUUCAUUUGUCAAAACUUUAAAUACAGAUACAGACUGGUGUUCAUAGUGAACUUGCUGGAAACUGAAUCAAGUGGGUAAACAUGCCUAACUAAAGGGCUGGGAGUGCUCACUGGUAAACAGUUCCUGCCCUGCUGAAGAAGUGGGGUUGUAUUGGCACAAGCUGAACUGCCUGACGUCUCAACCAACCAGCCAAUCAGCAGCAGAGAAGCUGAAAACAGAAGAGCAAAAGCAGGCAUGUGUGCUGCAGUGCAGGAGAGGUAAACCUCCAGCCCUCGUGCAGCAGGCAAAACGGUCAAUCGAAUGGCAACAUGGGCGGGCAGAGGAUGGUGAUUUUUGGGGCUGUGUUCCUGGUGAUGACCCUUCUCAUCCUGUAUGGCUCCAACAGCAGCAACGACUACCACUACACCCCUGUGAGGACCAGCCUGCAUUCUCACAACUUGCCCAGCCUGAAGAAGUGGGAGGUCAAGGACGGCUACCUCCCUGUCUACGGGAACAAGACUAUGAACCUCCACUGUAACCAGUGCGCCCUGGUGACCAGUUCAAGUCACAUCCUGGGCAGCAACAUGGGAGCCAAGAUUGACCAAUCGGAGUGUGUUAUACGCAUGAAUGACGCGCCCACGGCGGGUUACGAGAAAGACGCAGGGAACCGGACCACGGUCCGCGUGGUGGCGCACUCUAGCGUGUACCGGGUGGUCCGCCGGCCACUGGAGUUCCUCAAUAAGACCCCCGACCCUGUGAUCAUCUUCUGGGGGCCCCCCACUAAGAUUAGCAAGGACUCCAAGAGCACGCUCUUCAGGCUCAUCCAGCGAGUCAGCAUGACCUUCAUCAACAUCUCCACCUUCACCAUCGCCCCCAAGUGGAUGCGUCAAUUUGACGAUCUCUUCCACAAGGAGACCGGCCGGGACAGAGCGAAGUCUCACUCUUGGUUGAGCACAGGCUGGUUUACCAUGGUGAUCGCUAUUGAGAUGUGCGACAGCAUUCAUGUAUACGGAAUGGUGCCACCUUACCACUGCGGCACGAGAUCCCAGCCCAGGAAAAUGCCUUACCACUAUUAUGAACCCAAGGGACCUGACGAAUGCGCUACCUUCAUCCAGAACGAGAGAGGACGGAGGGGCAAUCACCACCGCUUCAUCACUGAGAAGCAGGUGUUUGCACGCUGGGCCAAGCUCUACAACAUCACCUUCUCCAACCCACAGUGGUGACAAGCUGUGCAGAUGUGUCCCAUAUCACACAGGGGGGGUGAACUAAGUGUACUUUACAUGGACUUAACAUGGAAGUGUAUGGGGGGUGGGACUGUCCGUGUUUGAGAAUGAAUGCUCUGGUAGAUGUACACUACCUUCCUGAAAGGCACCUUAUCCAACAACCAGCCCUGCUUAGACUUUAUCAGUGGUGUCACCUGUGCUCUUAAUUCAGUGGAUGAGCGAUAGGAAUUAAACGACAGGGAGAGAAAUGCUUGGUAGAAGUAACAGUUGUUCUUUGAUACCUUGAGAAACUCUUCAUUGAUACUUCCCAGCUGUUAACUGAAGAAUACAGUUAAAUUAGUGCCUAGUCCCCAGGCUUUUACUAGGCCAGGGCUUCCCAAAUCGGGAACACCCUUUUAUGGAAAAUACCAGCGCAGUCAAUCAGAAAUCACAAGCAUGUCUGCGGAAUCAAAUGGCCUAAUGAAAUGAUUUCUUCUUGCUUAUUGAUGGCUACAAUGCUUUAGAGGUCAGACUCCAAGUUGGUAUGGCUUCAAGCCUGGUGUUAAUGAGUAUUAGAGUGUGAAAGGAAGAUUUGAAAGGUUUCAGCUAGGGGGGGCGGUCACCUUUUUUAAGAUACAUAGUGUGCAUUACUUACAGCACACUGUUCUACUUUUAGACUUGCUGGUUGCAGAUGUGCGUUGGGUGUGGUAUCAUCUACACUGGAUUACAUUCUGAGCAAAUCUUUAAUGGUAACUAUAUAAUGGAUAAUUACUGUUGAACUUUACAAACAAUAAGAGUGUUCAGUAGAGAACAAGCAGACUUCAGAUAAUCCGUUAAGAGUGUGUGUUUACAUGUAUUGUUUUGUUCAAGGGUCAAGAAGUUUCUACUAAAAUCUACCAUCUCCUGACUACAUCUGAAGGGCCACUAUUCACACAUUUACUCCAGUUUAAAAGUUUGUAAGUGUCACAGAACAGGCUGCAGUGUUUACAAUAGAACACAUGACUUACCGUUGCUGUGUUGUAUUCUACGUGUUCCUGCAACGUCUUUACUUCACAUAUAACCCUCUAAACAUCCCCUGUUUGUGUCUAACCUGUUCAAUCAGAAUCGUGUCUUUGGUAACACCACAGGGGCACGCUGUGAGACACCUACAGUAUGUAGAUAAAAAAUACUAUUUAAUAAGUAGAAGAGUCUCUGAGUUUGAUAUUUUUGAAUGCCUGAGAGUACAGUUCAGUGCCUCCUGCAACAGCUACCAGUCCAAGUGUAACAUCUGUUUUAACCCAUUAAGUACCAAAUACAUUUCUUUGAAAAAAUCAGAACACAAGCUGUGUUUGUGUCAUUUGAUAUACAUUACAUUUAGACUUAACUUUUGCGGUUAACAAAAUUCAAGUAAUUUAUCAUAACAAUAUAGUUAAAGAGAAAAUUCAAAUAACAGGAAGAAGUCAGUUAAAAAUGCUUGAAAAAAAUAAUUCAAAAGUAGCCUGUCGUCAAAUGAGGACAGUGGCACUUAAUGGUUAAUGUAACCUCUACAGUACAUUAAGAUAGGCUGGACCAGAUUUUCAAAGUGUUUCCUCAAAUUCACUUCUAUUUGAAUAGGAGGUUUACAACAUGAAAAACAAGUGAUAUGAUUUGUUAUAAUAUGCUAUAGUUUUGUAAAAUGAACAGGUGUUUUACCUCUUUCAAGAAACAGGGGUUCAUUAAAGACUGGAGUAAACACUUUUGAAAUAUUUAAACUAAAUGGUCAUGUCCUCUCUGCCAUUUAAAACCAGUAAUGGGUGUCUGUGCACUGUAGUCUGUACUUUUUGUAAAACAAAAUUACAUUGAUUUGUCAGGGAAAAUCUUCCGUCUUUGUCACUGGGACCAGAACCUUUUGAACUUUUUGGUGUCCGCAGUGAGCCCUUUUGUUCUUUAACUCGUCAGGAUUUUCAAGAUUAUUGCUCAGUAUGUUUGUUCUUUUUUUAACUGGACAGUAUUUAUUUAUUUGUUUUGUGCUUUUGGGUUUUGUGAUGCAAUUUGUCUUCAUGUUUUUGAAGGUAAUGCACAGUACAAUGUAACAAGCUUCUGGGUGGAAAGUGUUCACAUUAGUACUACAUUUGUAAAAUUAGAAUCAAAUAAACUGGAUGAACCUGUU